AUGAUAGCCCGCGAGGAGCCAAUGGAUGCUGUCGACUAUCCCACUGCUUUUAACCCUCGAGGGGAUGGAUAUCAGUCCCCUGCUGGUAGUAGCAGUGGCAGUGCUGUUGCCGUAGCGGCCUACGACUGGCUUGAUUGCGCGAUUGGUACUGACACCAGUGGAAGUGGUCGUCGGCCAGCUAUGGCAAAUGGAGUCUGGCAAUUCCGGCCCUCUCAUGAUGACAUAUCCUUGAGAGGCCUGAUCAAAACCUAUGCUCUUUUCGACACGCCGUGUAUUUUUGCGAGAAGUUUCGACAUUGUUAAACGUGUCGCGAAUAUUUGGAGGGCAGACUCAUAUUCCAGGACCAUGCGACAACCCAAGCGGCCAUAUCGUCUUGUAUACCCCGUCGACUAUUUCCCAAUGGAGAGCUCAGAGCAAAUGAGUCUCAUUACUUCCUUCAUUGAUGAUGUAAAAAAGCUUGCGCCGGCGACUCUAGUUCCAUUUUCCAUCCGCGAAUCAUGGAAGCAAAAUCACCCUUCGGGUGUAUCGAGUGACAUCGACGAAUAUCUUCAGGAUGUGGUCAAGCGAACAUUCUAUCACCAGUUUUACCACUCUUCAGCUAAUUUCCGGGAUCAGUACUCCAAGAGGCACCAAGGUCAGCUGCCAUAUGUAAUCCCCUUCGUCCAGCGUAGGUGGGCGCAAGGUGCUUCGGUUUCAAAUGAGGAACAUGAAGAGGCUACAAACAGACUUCUCAUUUACAAGAACUGGCUUCACGAGGAGCUUUUCGGGGAUGCGAAGUUCGAAUCGAUCGUCAUCCUUCCUGUGGCCGAUGCCUCGCCUGUCUAUCGUGAUGAGAUUCUAAAGUCACCCGAGAACCAGUCUGCAUUAGACCAGCUGUUUCUCCCACCUAUUCUGGGCGCUCCUGAUAUAGUCAUCCCGAUUGGAGAUAUACCUUAUCAUUCUAAAAUAACCGGUCGGACUGGAUUUCUUCCUGUUGUUGCCAACCUUGUAGGCGAACCAACACGAGACUUGGAGCUUUUACACGCCGUUGAGAUAAUUUUAAGGAAGUCUGGCCGAGCAACAGACGUCAUGACGGGACCCCGAAUGUUUAGGUAG